AUGAUCGAUCUAAGGUCAGCCUUUUUACCUCUUUCGGGACUCGAAACAAAGCCGAAAAAGAGGCUCGUUUCCCUGCUGCCGAACGCUCAAUUUAUUAACCUCCUGGCUGCUCUCGGGCACUCUCGGAAAUGGCCCGGCCUGCUGCUGCUCCCGACCAUGCCCCGUCUGCUCUCAGCUGACCUCUCUGUUCGUCAGGCGGUGCUCGAAACCCGCUGCUGUAAGCUCUUGCAUCCCGACUGCUGUUGGUCUGCUCUCGUCCGCUGGCAGGGCUGCUCGACUCGUCGCGAAGGGUCAGCCUUCGACAGCCGCGCUUGGUCUCUUCAGCCGUCAGGAACUGAAGCUCUUCGCCGGCGUUUUCCCGCUCUCGGUUGCACGAUCUCAGGCGCCUGGAACCCGCCGGACUGGUGCUGCUCUCCCGGAAAUCCCGUCGUUGAGGCCUGGUGCUCUUGCCGGCGGAUGGCCCGAGGCCAGAGCUCAGAGGUGAAAUCGAGGCUCGCUGUCGCUGGAGGUCGGAGGUCGGAGUUGACAGGUCACCGUUCGUCUUCUCGCCAGAAAUCCGCUCCAAUCGCCAUCUGCUUGCUAGCGGUGGUUCGAGAGCUGUGGCGGGAGAGGGCCGGUUGCGAGCGAGACGGUGUUGGCCACAACUCGACCGGACGAUGGUCGGAGGAGACGACGGCUGGUGGAGGGUCGCUGGAUGGAGGUGUGGUCGAUCUCAGGGUAGAGGUGAGAUUUUCUGAAGGAACCGAUCGUAUCAAAACCGACGUGAAGGGAGAGAGACGAGAUCACGCACAGAUCGAGAGAUUUCUGCUUGGGUUGGGAGUUGCUUGGGCCAUUGGGCCGAGAAUUGAUUGGGGGCUGAUAGGCUUAGGUUGGCGAGGAGGAUGGCUUCCUCAUCUUCAGUCUCGUCGCAAAGUUGAAGAGGAUGAUGAGGAGGACGGGAGGUGA